CAAACCAAUAACUCUUAACAUAUUGAGGAUACUCAUUGGAUCGUAUUCCCGUUCAAGCCAUGAAUGGAUUUUGUCAAAAUUGACUGCAAGCAUAUACUGGCGGGAGGACUACGGCGGUGGAUUGCGUGAACCAAGUUUCCAUGUUUUAUUUCAUUUUAAUUGCCACGUUGUGACCAUUACGUUCUCCUCUGCCUUUGGUUGAGUUCUCUGGUAUUUGCCUACUGAUUUCCUUCCCUGAGAUUCUCUAUUUCUAAAGCAGCUGGACACCCAGUCGCGAAAGACUUCGCUGUGUAAAAAGGAUGUUUUGCGUCGCUCUGGUUCUGCCCCACGCAGUUCAGAUGGUUCUCGACACAUUCGCAGGAGGGCAAUUCUGAAUCUCAUUGGGGUUUUAAAAUAAAAGUUUGGAGAUCAGUUCAAAAUACAACAAACAAUACUGAUAUUUUCUUACUUUUGGGAUUCUCCCAAUUCGAUUUCACGACGCAAUUCAGGAUGGAGGUUGUAGGAAUGUACCUGUUUCAGCUUGCUUUUAUAGGGGUCCUGUGGGAGGCGCUGUCGGCGGGCCGGGACUGUCUGCAUGCGGGGGACACCUGCUCGAGCGAUGACACCUGCAGCCCGCGGUUGCGCACACUGCGGCAGUGCGUGGCAGGCGAUGGCAGCAUGAAGCUGGGUCCGAGUGCCCGCAGCCACUGCGAGAAUGCUGUGACGGCGUUGCUUUCCAGCCCACUGCGUGGCUGCCAGUGCAAGAGGGGCAUGAAGAAGGAAAAGAACUGCCUCAGCAUCUACUGGAGUCUGCAUCAGUCCGUCCUGCAUGGGCUCAGCCUGGUGGAGAGCUACCCAUAUGAGCCGGUGGAGAAGGGUUUCGACUAUGUCCGUCUGGCCUCCAUCGCCGCAGGCUCUGAGGUUGGUGUGGCGACAGUGAACCGCUGCCUGGAUGCAGCCAAGGCCUGCAAUGUGGACGAGACUUGCCAGAAGCUGCGAACAGAGUACGUGUCGGCCUGCAUCAAGCCUGCGGGCAAGGCGGGGCCCUGCAAUCGACCGCGUUGCCACAAGGCGCUGCGCAAGUUCUUUGACCGUGUGCCAGCAGACUACACUCACGAACUGCUCUUCUGCCCCUGUACCGACACCGCCUGUGCUGAGCGCCGCCGCCAGACCAUCGUCCCCGGCUGCUCCUACGAGGACAAGGACAAGCCCAACUGCCUGGCACAGCUGCGCACCUGCAAGGCCGACUACGUGUGCAGGUCCCGCUGGGCGCAGUUCCAGUACGACUGCCAGCCAUCCACACAGACUGUCAGUGGCUGCAAGCAGGAGAACUACGGGGCCUGCCUGCUGGCCUACACCGGCAUGAUAGGCAGCACCAUAACUCCCAAUUACCUGGACAACUCCACCUCCAACGUUGCUCCCUGGUGUUCCUGCACUGCCAGUGGAAACCAGAGGGAGCAAUGUGCCGAGUUCCUGGCCUACUUCAACGACAACUUCUGCCUGAAAAACGCCAUCUUGGCCUUUGGGAACGGGACGGACCUGAGCUCCACCCCCAUCCAGCCAGGCCAGCCAAGCCAGGCGACGUACCGCCGUGACCCAACUGCUGCCCCGCCCGUCACCAUGGAAACAGAACAAAACAUCCUGGGCCCGUUGAUACCCACAGAGACCACCGAGAAGGACAGACUGUGGAGAGACCCUACCUUCCCAUCCCCAGGAUUCUCUGACCAUGCCCUCAGUCCUGCCCCCAACAGUCUGGUCUGCUGGAGCUGUCUUCUGCCUGUGCUGCUCUUGUUCUGCCACCACUAGAGGGUGCUAGAGGCAACUUUGGGGACUCGACACUAUGGAACUCUGGGGGUUGGGAGAGGUGGAGAGACAUGUAUGUAUGUAUAUUUGUGUGCAGAAAGAGCAGGAGCAAGUCUCCACCUUUCCUCUUUACAAAUUAUAAUUAUCUCUUUUUGUGAUCUUUAAUCUCAGCGGGCAAAAAGCAUCCGCGAAUCUUUGAGGAAGUGUGUGUGUGCGUGUUUGUGUGAGACAGAGAGAGAGGGGCUAUUUUUACCCGAUACAUACUGUAUGUAUCCAGACGCAUCAGGAAUUAGCCCCCACAGGAGACCAAACUGACCUUCUUUAAAUUUAGCCAAUUCUACAUAUGUACAGGGUGCCCCUAAAAAGAUGGCAGGGGUGAGGGUAGGGAGGGGUAAGAGGAGAGAGAGUUGGAGGGGGAGGGGGCAGAGAGCUCCUUAUUGUUGGAGUUACAGUCGUGUUUUGACGUCUUGUAGAUUCAUUCUUGUGAGAGAGGAUCCUCUCCCUCAGACAGCCACUGCGCCACAAGAAUUGACAUAGUGAUUCAUAAUGUAAUUUUCAGUCAAUGUUUGAAUCAAUGACGUCAUUUUUCAUCUCAAUGUCAUUAUUUAAUUCAGUCCAAAAACAGAAGAAGAAAAGCCUCUGUCAUCAGCCCAUGCACCAAAACACAUCUUAGAGAAAAUGAGAAGAAAAAGACAUUAAACCAGGAACUUUUUUACCAUGCAUAUUUCAUUCAUUCUGUUUGGAUAAGAACUAAGCUGCCUGUACCCCUUGGUGAAAAGGGGACAUAUUACAUCUCUAACAGACAAUACUGACGGGGAACAGGCUCUAAUACAGAAUUGGUUGGACAGAUGAAGCUCAAGUGAAGAAGGGGACUGCGUUCAUAUGAAUGGAUGUGGAUCAGAGAAGACAUCUCUCUCUUGUGAGUGACUCCGAGCAGAACCACGCAGAACCACCCCGGGCUUUGAGGACAUGAGAUAAAGAGGGAUUGGGUUUCCACAGCAGCGCUUGCACCAUUCAUUUUGCUCACUGACUUGACCUUUGUCACCUUUCACCAAGUAAUAGCAGGGUGGAGGGGUUGUGGGCAGGGGGUGGUCACCGUUCGGACUUUUGAAAAGGCUCCUCUGACCCCGGGAUACUGGAUUUGCAGGAUUAUUUGGAAACAUUGCUUUCAUGUUUAUGCCAGCACUGAAGCAGUUGGUGAAGGAGACAGAGGGCAGGGCUUGGUACCAGGGAUGACAUGACGUGUGCUACAGUGUGACAGGAAAGCUUUAUAUAUAUAUAUAUGGCCAAUGAGAGAGUUCAGACCUGGGGGGGGGGGGGCGGUUGUGAAUUUCGUACAUCAGAAUACAUGUUAUUCGCUGCAAAUAAAAGCUACCGAAUGAAACACAGCCUGGUGUCCAUUUUUUUCUCCUGCAAAGCAUCCUGGGGCAGAGGAGGGGUUGUCUAUUCACUGCAGAUAACCUCUAUCCUCAAAGGAAGCUUUCAGGACACCAUGGGACCCCCCUUCAUCAGAAUUUUGCACCUCAUAAUUCAUAAAGUCUCCGUCUGCCUUUUUUUGUAGUCAGUGGGCUGUGGUCACUGAAUAAAAAGCUAUAAAAAUGAUAAAGCUGGAGCUCCAUGGAGCAGACAGCCUCUUGAAAGUUUAACGCUCGUGCCAUGCUGAGAAAAUGUAGCCACAUCGCUCAUCCAUUGACUGCCAUUACAUCCUGUAAAAGUAAUGGGUGAUAUUUUCUCCGCGUUUUGGGUCAUUACACAACUGGGACGAAUCCGCUCUUCAGACCAGGUACAGCACAAGAGGAAUAGCCAGCACAAAAAUAGUCUCAUGAGGAUAACAGCCACACAAAAGGCCCCAGAGUCUCCCAGUUCCAGCUUUCAGGAGUAAUAGAGAGUGCAUGUCUGCUUUCAAGGUGAUUGCUGACAUGUGGUAUGUAAAUAAUGCCUACAGUGAGGGCUAC